AGAAACACAAGGAAAUGACGAAUACAUUCCAUGUCGUCAUUGCUGAUAUGAGCAGCAAAAAGACCGGCUUGUUGAAUGAGCUAAAGAUAUGGACAGCAUCGGUCUGUACAUAAAUGACAAUAAUAUAUUCAAACGAAGCUUGUUGAUUCGUGUGCUUUAAUGUCGUUCUCCAGUUGGUCCCUGAAUAAAAGGAUAAACUACCCACCCGGUGCUUCUGUGUGUGUUUUUUACUUUGUGAGAGCUCCACAAGCGGUGACAUUUAUCAGACUAACGAUUAUGUCAGAGUCUACAGAGCGUAUAGCUGAAUACUCUCUUUCUUUUCCUUUUUGGCAUUAAAGGUCAGCCAACAACUACGUGGAAACGGCUGCCACAGCAUAUUCCAAGAGAAUGGGUGAGCGGAAAAUGAAAAUAUUGCCUUAAUUGUAGCGGCCAAAAAGGAAAAAAAAAAGCGUGUGUGUCUGAACAUUCUUACUUUUUGCAGACGAUGCAGUCAUAUCCCCUCCAGUUUCGUAAACGACCUAAUGAGGGCGAUUCUUUGGCAAGACACAUAAAGAAAAAGCGACCUGUGGAUCGCAACUUGCCACCCAAAAUCGAAGCGUUCAUUCCCGAAUCCAGACUGUAUACUGAGCUGAAUGAGUUUGAUAAAAAAUUGGAUGCCACCAUCAUGCGCACCCGAUUAGAGAUUCAGGAAGCUAUAGGCAAACCCACCAAAGUACGCCGAACCUUGCGUAUUUUUAUCUCCAACACAGCCGCCGAUCAAUCGGAAUCAGGCCAGCAAGCCGAUGAAGAAAACGCCUUUGAAUUCAAUAGCGGCAAUGCGCCGUCAUGGACUUUAAAGGUCGAAGGACGUCUGUUGGAUCCACCGAUUCCUACAAAAAAAGCCCAACCUGUACAAAAAUUUACCUCCUUUUUUCGAACCAUUCUUGUCGAGCUGGACCGUGACCCGAAUCUGUAUCCUGAAGGCAAUAUUAUUGAGUGGCAUAAACAGGCACACAGUGGAGACUAUGACGGUGUGGAAGUGAAACGAAAGGGGGAUACCGAUGUCAAUGCUCGCAUCAUUCUUGUGCCAGAGUAUAAUCCACAAAAGUUCAAACUGAGCCCAGCGUUAGCCGAUUUGGUUGAUAUGAAGCUGGAAACCAAACCUCAAGUGAUCAUGGGCAUUUGGAAUUAUGUCAAGCAUCACAAAUUACAAGAUGCCAAUAAUAUGCGGCUUAUCCACUGCGAUGAGCCGUUAAAAAAGGUGUUUGGUGUCGAGGAGAUCGACUUUUCACAGUUACCCGAUAUGAUCAAUCAACACCUGGCACGGCCCGACCCCAUUGUACUGAAUUAUACGAUUCGUGUGGAUAGAGAAUUUCAUCAGUCGACCAACGCUUAUGAUAUCGACGUAGAAUUGGACAGUGUAGUACGCCAAAAGAUGAUGAAUGUGGUGUCUUCGACACCGCUGCAACGCGAAAUCAUGAAUUUGGAUGACAAGAUCGUUCAAUGUGUUCAGAGUAUCAACAAUUCAAAAAUUAAGCGCGAUUUCUUGACGCAAUUUGCCGGUCACCCUAUUGAGUUCAUCAACAAGUGGAUCGCCAGUCAGGCGCGGGAUCUCGAAGUGAUCAUGGGAGACAGCCGUGUGAACUUGGAAGAAAUGCGACAAAGCGAGUUUUAUAAACAGCCUUGGAUCAAGGAAGCCGUGUUCCAUUACUUGACAGCAAAGGCACAGCAACGCAUGCAAGAGCUCUUGAAUGCUCAGUCGAACCAAGGAUCAUCCUCAUAAAUUUGUCAUCUUUCUGUAUAUUCCAUCCAGUUUAUUUUCAUUGUUUUUAUACAUAUUCCUCCUCUUUUUUGUCUUUCUAAUCCACAGUAUCAUCAUGGACGGAAUUUGAUGCAAGUGGGUUGCUCGUGCUCCGCUUUGUGAACCUCGGUUAAACGACCCGUCUCUUGAUCAAUUUUGAAUACAGUGAUAUUAUUUGAAUCCUAAGGUG